AUACUAGCCUAUAUAAGACGAUGUUUCUCAAUUAAUGUUAAGCGAAGCAAGAGACUAUCCCAUCACAAUGGCUUCUCAAUAUCUAAGCAAAGCCCUAAUCUUAAUCCUCAUGAUAAUAGCUGUCUUCUUCAGCGGCUCUAAUGCGGGCGUGAUUUCAGUUUACUGGGGUCAGAACUCAAACGAAGGAAGCUUGGCAGAUGCUUGUGGCACUGGCAAUUACGGAAUUGUUAACAUAGCUUUUUUAUCCACCUUUGGUAAUGGCCAGACUCCGUCACUCAACCUCGCCGGCCACUGUGAUCCCGCCUCUAAUGGCUGCACUGGUUUGAGCACCGACAUAAAGGCUUGCCAAAGUCAAGGAAUUAAAGUCAUGCUCUCCAUUGGAGGCGCUUCAGGAAGCUAUUUCCUCGCCUCAGCUGAUGAUGCAAGGCAAGUUGCCAAUUACCUGUGGAACAAUUUUCUUGGCGGUCAAUCAAGCUCACGGCCACUGGGUGACGCUGUUUUAGAUGGUAUUGAUUUUGAUAUUGAGGGAGGCACUACACAGCACUGGGACGAACUGGCCAAGGCCUUAUCAGGAUUUAGCCAGCAGAAGAAGGUGUACUUAACAGCAGCUCCUCAAUGUCCAUACCCAGAUGCUUGGAUGGGCGGUGCCAUAAGCACUGGUUUAUUUGAUUACAUUUGGGUCCAAUUCUACAACAACAAUCCUUGUGAAUAUUCUGGCAAUGGUGACAACCUGAAGAACAGUUGGAAUCAGUGGACAUCAAGUCAACCUUCAAGCCAGAUUUUUCUGGGACUACCUGCGUCUCCUGAAGCAGCAGGGAGUGGCUAUGUUGCUCCUGAUGUGGUUAACUCUCAGAUUUUACCGACUAUUAAGACUUCUGCAAACUAUGGAGGUGUCAUGCUCUGGUCAAGGCAAUAUGACAACGGCUAUAGCUCUGCUAUUAAGCCAAAUGUUUAAUUCAACUACUGCUUUUUCUUCUUCGGCUUAAUAAUUGGCUUAAAGCCUUAAACAAUAAGUACUACCUUAGUACUCUCUUGAUGGAAUAAAAUUAUAUUUUACGCAAAGAAAAAUAUCCUAUUAUGAAUCCA